CCAGCCAGCCACCAUGCGUCAGGCCUUGACUCAGCCGCGUCCCAGCGCCAUCCCCCUCUCCUCCGACUCCAUGGGGUCUUUCAAUAGAAGAAAAAGAAAUUCCCUCUACGUAACGGUGACUCUUCUCAUUGUGUCUGUAUUAAUUCUUACGGUUGGUCUUGCUGCUACUACAAGAACCCAAAAUGUGACUGUUGGAGGUUAUUACUCGGGGGUUAUUCUUGGCUUGGGCUCGUUUCUUGGAAUUAUUGGAUCGAAUUUGAUAGAAAAUAAAAGGCAAAUGCUGGUGGCAUCCAUAGUGUUCAUCAGCUUUGGAGUCCUGGCUGCUUUCUGCUGCGCCAUUGUUGAUGGUGUCUUUGCUGCCAGACACAUUGACCUUAGGCCACUGUAUGCUGGACGAUGCCACUACUUUUCGAAAAGCACAGCCCCGCCAGAGACAGUCUGCCCUCUCCAGCAGCGUGGCCCCUGCACACCUAAGAUCAGAACCAACACCUGUUUCUGCUGUGACUUGUAUAAUUGUGGAAGCAGAGUGGAGAUUUCUGGUGGCUACUAUGAAUACAUCGAUGUCAGCAGCUGUCAAGACAUCAUCCAUCUUUACCAUUUGCUGUGGUCAGCAACCAUAUUGAACAUCGUUGGCUUAUUUUUAGGGAUCAUCACAGCUGCAAUCCUUGCUGGCUUUAAAGAUAUGACUCCCUCGCUUCCUGCUCUUAACUGUACAGUUGAAAAUGCUCGGCCCACAGUAUCCUAUUACUCAAGACCCCAGGUGACUUCGUAUAAUACAUAUUAUCACAGCACUCCACAUCUGCCACCAUACUCAGCGUACGACUUCCAGCAUUCCAGUGUAUUCCCAGCCUCCACACCAUCUGGCCUCUCAGAUGACCCACCAUCAUUAUCGCCAUCUCCAAGCUACGUGUGGUCUCCCACAGCGCCUCCUCGGUAUUCCCCGCCAUAUUUCCCACCCUUCGAAAAGCCGCCUCCAUACACACCAUGAAAGGAAUAGGAGCUCUGCCACUGGAACUCGUGGUGAAUUUUUUGUACCAGGGGAGGGGAGAGCACAGACCAUUACAUUGCAUACAUAGAAAUACAAAACGGGGACAUGAUGGCACUUCCUCUUGGUAGGCUGUGCCUGGGAAAGACACGGAUGCGAUUUAAUGGCAC